UGUACAAAAUCUAGAUUUAAGUUGGAGGAAGAAGGGGGAAGCGUAACUCCAAAUCUAGACAGUGUUUGGAGGUAGAAAAGCAAAGAUGGAAAAGAAAGCGUAAAUAGAUUUGUGUUGUGGUCCUGCUCUGAAGAGAAAGUUGUGGUCUUAGCUGACACCUGAGGUAAGAUUUUGAUUUUUUUUCUCAUGUUAAAACACUUGGAUUUAUACACUGUUUCACUCAGUACUUUAAAUACCUGCUUUUACUGUUUAGCUGAAUUCAAACAAGAGAUCUUCAUGUGUCAUUUUAAAAGAUUAUGGAAACAUUUGUAAGACUCGAUUUGUUUUACAGAACCAGUAUAUCUAGUAGUUAUGUGGAAAAAGGAAAAAUUCAUCAGAGCUUUGCCUUAUACUGAAUUUCAAAGGAUAUUGUUGUUCUCCCCCAGUAAAAAAACAAAACAAAACCAGACACCCACAAACCACCAAAUCAUUCCUUCCUCCAAACUCUUGACCAACCUAUGAUGACAUGCCACUCCCCGUCACUAUGGAGGCUCCUAGGAUUUCUUGCCUGUCCUCGGAAGAGAUGCAGAAAAAGAGGAAUAGUGAGAAACAGGAGAUUUCCAAAAAAAACCAGGAGUCCAUUCAUGAAAUAGGCUCUUCUGUUCCAUGCCUGUCUCAUGAGGGCACAAAGAAAACUUUUGUUACACAAGAAGAUUUUCAAAAACUUCAAAGAGGCCAGGAACGUGUUCCAGGAAUAUCCCACCAGUCUAUUGGCAUUUGUAGCGAUAAGAGAUGGGUAACUCUGAAAAAUGCUCGAAUUGCAAAUCAUAGCCAUGAAGGUCAGUUUACAACUGUGAGCCCUGUACCUCAGCAGUUUUCUCUCAGUCCUACAAGCCACAGUUCCUCUGUUAAUCCUAAAACAGGAAAAAAUGCUAGGGAUUUGGCAGCAUCAAAUCCGCUUCUGCGUAGCGGAUGUGAUGAAAGAGCAAUGGAGGGGUGCACUAGUGAUGUGUUAUUGAACCCACGCCUGAAUCCUGCUCCAGUAUCGGUUCACCCAAAACGCCCUUCAGUUCCUCAUCAGAAUCCCACACACAGCCACAGCAAUUCUUCCUUUAUUACCUCAGGUCAAUCUCUCUCAAAGCGAGAUAGUUUACGAACUCAGGACGAAACUUUGGUGUCUGAUCUCCAUCUCAGGGAUACUGUGGGUAUCAGCAGCUCCCUAGAUCUUGGGACAUCCCCACAACUAGCAAGAUGCAAAAACAUAAAGACAAACAGAGGUGAUGAAAGUUCAGUGGAUGAAACUAUUGAAGAUGUAAUUUUGAAAUACUGCCACAAAACCAGACCUGAAGAAAUUUGUUUCAAAGAAGAGAAUAAUCCCAGUGUACCUUUCUCAUCACUUCUCGACCAUACUAAUUUAGAGGGCUCCGAAAUGAGUUUUGACUGUGAUGCACCAGUACAGCUAGGAACAGAUUUACCCAAGGCAGCUAUAAAAGAUAUAGAAUUCCUGAAAGAAGUCCAAGUAUGUUUGCAAGAUAAAAACUAUGGAACACAGCUCUCUUCUGUUUUAAAGACUGAAUCAUUAGAGAAAAUAGAAGCAGUGAAAAAGGAUGCCAUAGUUCAUACCGAAGAACCAGUUCUUCCAGCCCUGCCUCAUGUGCCUCCUUCUUUUGUGGGAAAAACUUGGUCUCAAAUAAUGUAUGAAGAUGAUAUAAAAAUUGAGGAACUUGUGCGUGAUUUCAGGGAAGGUCGUUUUCGCUGCUACUUUAACAGUGAAUCCUCAGCCAACUGUACAGGGAAGAGAAUGAAGAAAAAAAAGCAGAAGGAUGAAAAAAGGAUCAAUAUUAUUGAGGGUAAUAGAACAGAAAGUGCACCAGUUAAAGCAUUGCCAGAAUUUAAUGAUGCUUUAAGUGGUGGUUCUGAUUUUGAUAACCCAUCUUUAGCCUCAGAUACACUAUGCAACCCACAAAUUGUAAAAAAGCCUAGGAAAAGGACAUGGCGCCUGGCUUCAAGGUGUCAGGUGGUUAAAGUCAGCCAUGGCACCCAAACAAGUCUGCUGAACUAUCCUGUAGCAAAAAGGAAAAUGUCUAGAAGAGAGUCUGAUCCAGCUGAUCAGAAGGCAAGCAUUGCGUGGCUAGAGAAUGAAAAAACUCCAAACAUGAAAACUAGGCUAUGUGCUCUUAAGCUUCCGGAGUCCUACAGCAAGAUCAUGAGUCCUGUACAACCCAAGACAGUGGUGUAUGUACUCUCAUGCCCAGAGGUAAAACAGUGCAAAGGUAAACCUAUAGAUAUUCCCAAAAUGAGGAAAAAUCAUCACUCCACAGGUAGCAAGGCCUCUGUAAGGUAUAAAUACAAACAGUGUUCUCUCAAGUAUUAUGACCCACUUACAAAUCGAAUUCUGAAAACGCCUCCCAAGAGUACAGUUGGAGAAAAGGCCAAAAAGCCCUCUCACGUUAGACAGCUUUUCAGAAGUCUGAGCUUUGAUGCAAACAUGAAGAAACUAGCUGAUACACAGAGAGAAAGCAUGCCAUCAAAGUCACUCAAUUGGUCAGACUUCUGUAGUUCUUCUCCAACAUCUUUCCUUCCGGAUCAAGAUAAAGGGAAUGAUGCAGCCUCAAAUCAAAAGGCAGAUGGACCUUCUGUUUCCACAGAAAGAGCAGAUUGUCUUGUAUCUGAGAACUCUUUUAAACACCUAAUCAUUUCACCUUUGAACUCUGUGAUAGAGGGAGACUAUAGAUUAAUUCCAUUUAAUAGAAUUACCAAAACUCCCCUGACCUCCAUCAGGAGUGAGUGGUUAGAGAGGGAGACUCCAAAAGCAAUAUGGACAAGAAAAGAAGGCACUAAUAAAGAACCAGUUUUUUCCAGAAAGGCUGCAGGACCUAAGUCUGUCAGAUGCACUAUUGGGAGGAGAGAAAACAGAGUAACCACAGGCAAACAAACGUCCAGAACUAAAAAACAGCAGAAAGAGGGGAUGAGAAGACAACUUCAGCCUUGUGCCCAGAAAUCUGAUUUCUCCAUCCAUAGGUACCAGACAAGGAAAACUACAGUGGGAAAGCACCCUAAGAAAGAAAAGCCUGAUGCUAAAAAAUUAAAGGUGAGGAGGAAACCAAAAAGGGCCUUUCUUAACUCAACAGUUGUAACAGGGAUUCCUGAAAAAAGGCAGAAAGUCACAGCAGAAUCUUUUCCCAAGAAACCAGAGCAAGCUUCCUCCAAAGUCAGGAACUGGGAAGUAAGUGGAGAUCGGGGUCAUCCUGGCACCACGAGCCGGCCCUCUAGAACUUCUGCUGUACCAUUUCUUCGAAACUGUCGUGUUCUACCAGCAGUGUGGCCGAUACUUCAAAGCAUGAUUGAGAAGUCUACACAAAUGGCAGACUUGAGAACUGAAAUACUUUCUCUCCGAAAUUGGUGGGUUGGUUGUUUUUGGGUGAUACUACUUGUUUCUAUUUUUGUUUGUGUUUCUUUUUUCCUUCUGUGUUUUUUUAUGGGAGAGGACUGGUUCUUUUAAUCUUAGUGGACAAAGACGUUUUCUCAGUAUGUUUGCAUGUCUUAAUAUAGAGAAGCAAGAAAAGAGCUCGAGUAGGGAGGAAUAAAGUCAUGCUUUCUGAAUUAAAUUGGCAGCAGUUAGAACCACUACUUUCUUCAAUAGUUGAGAAAAAUGUUACCAUGUCGUCUUCAAUACAUACGCAAUUUUGACCUGUAAGUUUGUAGUUUUUAUUGUACAUUUCAUAAUUUUUAAAAAGUCUCUCACCACAUAAAGUACUCAUUCAACCUUUCAAAACAAUCUUAUUCUAAGCAGAUAGCUUUUUAUUAUUCAGUAGCAUUUUGAACCAUAAGUGUGACCCAGUCAUGUUGUGCCAGGUGUUAACCAAACAUAAAAUAGCACUCCCCCAAAACUUUAGAUAUCUGACAUUUGCACCUUGCAGCUCUUCAGUUAAUUUUCUGGGGGAUUUUUUUGCUCUCUUGUUCUUUCUGACAGGUUUGUAUCCAAUGUUUUUGUAAUUGUUUAAUGGAAAUACCCCUCUCUGGGAUUCAGAUAAAUGAGGUAUUUUUGUUUAUAAUGAGCCUACGGCUUUAUUUGAAGUUGUGUUUAAGUUUCAUGCUAAAUUUGUUCCCAAAUGAAAAUGUGUUUUAUGUUUUUUAUGUUCUCAUUAUUGAUAACAUAUUUUGCAAUUAUUUUGUUUGAUGUAAGUUUUUUAUCUGCUUCUCUAUCUCCUCUGUCUGUGGUCACUUGACACAAUGUGGUUUUGUAAGGAUACAGUGAUAUUACAGACUCAUCCAGUGCUGUUGCUGGAUGUUCUUCCUCUGUAUCUUCUGCUCAUUUUAUUUCAGAUUUAUUGUUUCUAUUAUUUUUCUCAGUCGUGUAUUUGGAUUUCUUUUUUUAUGUUGUAAAGAGCUAAAUUUCAGGGCAGUAUGUUCUGUUUGGAAGUAAAUGAGUGACGGGUGACAGAAGAGGAUGCUGUCCCAGUCUGAAGUGCAGAGGGCAGGCUGGCACAGAUGCUCCUCUUCUUGGGUGUCUGCUUUACUUCACUGAAUAGUGUGAAACAGGAGUGGGAUGAUGAUUCUUGAUUCCUUUGCUGGUCUUCCUUUUUUUUUCUUUCCCUUAGGGUCAUUCUGCCUGAGAACAAAGUAAUCUGAACUCAUACUGGAAAUAAAGGUUUUUCAGCUUUUGGUGUUUUGGGGACAGAUAGGAAAAAUAAAAUGUAUCUUUGUCACUAAUGUAACUAAAAUCACUGUAUUUUUUGCCUUUAAUGUUUUAUCUGCUGCUACAGCAUUCCUGAUAAUAUGUUUCAGAAAAAAAAUUGUAAUAGCAUAGUUCUGAGCAUGCCCAGAAGCAAAGGUUUUGUUCCUUGUUUGUUUUGCAGUUAUAAAUUCAUUCAUUCCUUCAGCAGAACAAAUCUUGUUUUAA